UUCGUUCCAGUUUUUAUAACCAGAACAAAAAAAAGGUUAAAACGUGAAUAUCAUCUGUGAGUACCCGGAUGCAGCAGGUAAACAGCCUGUUUGUCCUCAAAAGCUUCGUGUCGUGGGAGAAACUAACAACGAGAGUUCAACCUGAAUGGCUGAAGGCUCCUCAGACCCACCUGAUCUGAACCCACCAGAUGAGGCGUCACGCCAAAGACCCCACCAGCAGAAAGCCAGAAGAGGCCGGCCCAGACACGACAAUGACCGAAACCUGAGCAGGAGUAGCUACGAUCCGCCUCAGCAGUACGGACACUUCAACGAGGGCCCGUUCGGCCACGAGCGUUCAAAUUACGCGUUUCACCACCAUCCUCCCUACCAAGGGGAAGAUGGAUCCAGAAGGAGAGGCAGGGGUCGAGGGAGGAGAGAUGGGAAUGAGAAUUACGGCGGCCCCGGUCCCUGGUGGCAAAGGCCCGGAGGUGACUUCGGCUCAAGCAGAGGCGUGGGAGGCGGUCGGCCGGGGGGACAUCCCGUAGAUGGAGCCGAUGGACACAGCUGGCGGAGAGACGAUGUAGGGAGGAAUUUUGAACAGACCAAUGUAGAUCAGGCUAAACGACCCAGGAAGUUCAGCCAGGAGCCGCGGAGAGGGCAGCUAAAUGGAAAAGGGCCGCACUUGAGGGAGAACAACAAUGCAGCGGGAGAAUUCCCCCCGUCAGACAUCAGGGAAAGAACCCAGAGGAGCGGCAGGACAGGUCCGGACUCUCAGCAUGACGAUCAUCAUCAGAGGAAGCAAACCGAGGUCAAGAAACGGCAAGGACCGAUCAAACCGCCAAAACUACCACCGCAGGAGGAAGCCGGAUCAGUGAGGGGGGCCAGUGGCCAUGAAGACUCCGGCCACGCUAAAUCAUUUCAGGAUACUAAGGCUAAAUCUGGAAGAGGUUCUGGACAACAAACACCCUUUCCGGCUAGAGGGGGGCGAAGAACUCCUCAUCAAAACCACAGACUGGGUCAGAGGAACUGGGAUAGGGUACCAGAGAGCAAGGAGACACAGACAGGGUGUCUCAUUGAACAGCUGUCCGAGGAGAAGUACGAGUGCAUGGUUUGCUGCGACAUCAUCCGCCUCAUGGCUCCGGUGUGGAGCUGCGUGAGCUGCUACCACGUCUUCCACCUGAACUGCAUCAAGAAGUGGGCUCGCUCUCCGGCCUCUCAGGCGGACGAUUCAGCUGAAGGUUGGCGUUGUCCAGCCUGCCAAAACGUUACACUGAAAUCGCCAUCCUCCUACACCUGCUUCUGUGGUAAGGUGACAAACCCAGAGUGGCAGCGCAGUGAGAUUCCCCACAGCUGUGGUGACAUGUGCGGGAAGAAAAGGAGCGGCGUGGACUGCAACCACCCCUGUAACAUCUUAUGUCACCCUGGACCGUGUCCUCAAUGUCCUGCUUUUGCAACAAAAUCCUGCAUCUGUGGAAAGACCAGUCAACCUAUGCGUUGUGGUCAGGGAACAGUGCUGCAGUGUGACAAGGUGUGCGGUGCCUUACUAAACUGCGCUGAACACUCGUGCGCCCAGGUGUGCCACAGUGGAGCGUGUCAACCCUGCCAGCUGCAGGUUCAGCAGGUGUGCUACUGCGGAGUUACACCUCGCGAUGUCCUGUGUGGCACAGAUAAAGAAGGCUUCGAUGGUUUGGGGCAUUUCUCCUGUCAGAAAAUAUGUGGCAAGAUGUUAAACUGUGAAGCUCACCGCUGCCAGCAGCUGUGCCACCGCGGCCCGUGCCAGCUGUGUCCACGCUCCCCGAGCCUGGUUAAGACGUGUCCCUGCAGUCAGACGCCGCUAUCGAAACUUCUGGACCUGGGCUACGCUGAGCGACGCAGCUGCUCUGACGCCAUCCCCUCCUGUGGAAAGACGUGCAACAAACCCCUAGCAUGCGGCUCCAGUGACACCAUCCAUCUGUGUGAGAAGCUGUGCCAUGAUGGAGGCUGUGGGCCGUGCUCUCUGACCUCUACUGUCAGAUGCAGAUGUGGCGCUAAGACUAAGGAGGUCCCAUGUGCAACAAUCCAAUCAGAGGAGGAGCUUGUUUUCACCUGUGAGAGACGCUGUAACAAGAAACGCUCCUGUGGCCGACACAAGUGUGGCGAGCUGUGUUGUGUGAAUGGGGAGCACAAGUGUCUCCUGAUCUGCGGCUACAAGCUCAACUGUGGCCUCCACCGCUGCCAGGAGCCCUGUCACCGUGGAAACUGUGAGCCCUGCUGGCAGUCAAGUUUCGAUGAGCUGACCUGUCACUGUGGGAUCACCGUCUUGUACCCGCCAAUCCCCUGCGGCACGAAGCCUCCAGAGUGCAAGAACAUGUGUACGAGACGACACGAGUGUGACCAUCCAGUGUUCCACAACUGCCACAGUGAGGAGAAGUGUCCACCAUGCACCUACCUCACUCAGAAAUGGUGCAUGGGAAAUCAUGAGCAACGCAGCAACAUCGCCUGUCACCUGCAGGACAUCUCCUGCGGCCUGACGUGUAACAAAACACUGCCCUGUGAAAUGCAUCGCUGCAGACGGAUCUGCCACCGCGGCGAGUGUCUGGCAGACGGCAGCUGCCAGCAGCCCUGCUCGCUGCCUCGUCCAGACUGCUGCCACCCCUGCUCUGCUCCGUGUCAUAAAGGAGACAGCUGUCCACGCACCACCUGCACCGCCAAGGUAGCUGUGCAGUGUGAUUGUGGACGAAGAAAAGAAAUGAUCGUCUGCACAGAGGCGGCCAGCUCGUAUCAGAGGUAUGCAGCGAUCGCCAUGGCCAGCAAAUUGUCUGACAUGCAGCUGGGCGAGUCCAUGGAUAUCGGGCCGCUCCUGACUAAGAAGGAGAUGAAACAGACCAGGCUUGAAUGUGAUGAAGAGUGUGCCACGCUGGAGAGGAACAGGCGUUUGGCCGAGGCGUUGCAGAUCGACUCGUCUUCUGACCCCUUCCAUGUUCGCUCUCCCUCUGUAUACAGCGACAGCCUCAAAGACGACGCCAGAAAAGACCUGAAAUUUGUCAGUGAGGUCGAGGAGGAGAUCAAGACUCUCAUCGAGCUGGUGAAUAAGGGAAAACAGCCAAAGAGAAGCCACUGCUUCAGACCCAUGAACAGAGACCACCGCAGGAUCAUCCACGAGCUGGCCGAGGUCUACUGCGUGGAGAGCCAGAGCUACGACAACGAGCCCAAAAACGUGGUCAUCACUGCUCAAAAGGGAAAGUCGGUCUCCCCAAACUCCAGCCUGACAUCGCUGAUAGAGCGAGAGACGGCUGCGAGGGCCCCACCUCCCAUCGCUCACAUCAAACAGCACAGCAGCAAGCCUGCCACUGGAAGCUGGUCGAAGGUGGUCAAAGAAGAACCUGUAAUCGAUUACUUUGAUGUCCAGGACUGACAUUAGGCUCAAAAUAUCAGAGAGCAAACUCAGGAUCCUUUCACAUUUACAUCUGCCAAAAUCUUCUCAACAACCUCCUUUCAUUUGUGUUUAGCAGAGAUCAAUAAGAAUCCCUCUGGCUUCAUAAUCAAAUAAGAUUAUGUCUUGAAAUAUCUCUGAGAUGUGAUUGCCUCCAGGGAACGCCCACACUCGGGUUUUUUUUUCAAGAAGGAGGAAUAGAGUAAGUCAAGAGUCAAGUGCUCCCUUUGAAUAUAGACAUAAAAGUCUCACACAGAAUCUGCAGAUGGAUCACUUUCAAAAGCUCUUGAUUGUUUUCUUUGCCUCCUUUGUAUGCAGCCAGACCCUUGUUGAACCCAUCUUAAUAAAAAGUCAAUUUCUCCCUA